AGGUGGAUUUCCCAUUUCUGGUGCUGCUCAUCUCGGGGGGACACAGUCUGCUGGCCCUGGUUCGUGGCCCCACUGAUUUCCGCCUCUUGGGCGAAUCCCGGGACGACGCACCCGGCGAAGCCCUGGACAAGGUCGCCAGGUACCUGAAACUGCGAGACCAUCCGGAUUGCCAGGGGUUUUCCGGCGGCCGCGCCAUCGAGCACCUGGCCAAAAAAGGCGACCCCAAGGCGUUUCCGUUCCCGUUCCAGCUGGCCAAGUACCGGGACUGCAGUUUCAGCUUCUCCGGCCUCAAGGACAGGGCGUAUCGGACCAUCAUUAGGAUGGAACGGGAAUAUGACUUGCCUCCGGACGCGUUCAUCCCGCGGAUCGAAGACUUCUGCGCCUCCUUCUUGCACGGGGUAACCAAGCAUCUCUGCGCGCGGGUUCAGCGUGCCAUGGAGUACCUGCGGGACCAGGAAGUUUGGGCCGACGGGAUCCGGCCCACGCUGGUGGUGAGCGGAGGAGUGGCAUGCAACGAGUACAUCCGAAGUAAACUGGGGAUCGUCUGCGAUGCGUAUGAGUAUGACAUUAAAAUCCCACCGCCAAAAUUGUGCACGGACAACGGGAUCAUGAUUGCUUGGAAUGGCGUGGAGCGAUGGAGAGUGGGUGCGGGUAUGACAACUGACUAUGACUCCGUGACAUUCGUUGGGAAGGUGUGUUCCACAAUGCGGUCGGUGUGUGUUGAACAAUUGAGGCGUGUCUCCGAAGACCCUUUUUUCCUUACUUUUUUCUUUUCAUCUGUUUCUCCAAAUGCCCGCCAGGUGGUGAGCGGAGGAGUGGCAUGCAACGAGUACAUCCGAAGUAAACUGGGGAUCGUCUGCGAUGCGUAUGAGUAUGACAUUAAAAUCCCACCGCCAAAAUUGUGCACGGACAACGGGAUCAUGAUUGCUUGGAAUGGCGUGGAGCGAUGGAGAGUGGGUGCGGGUAUGACAACUGACUAUGACUCCGUGACAUUCGUUGGGAAAUCUCCAAUCGGUACAAGUGAGGCAGACGAAGUAGAGAAGAAGCAGAUCAAAUGCUCGUGGGUCAAGCUAUGA